UUUUGUGUUAUUUCUUUUUCUUUUGCAGGACGAGAAAGACAGUUAAAAAAUUAAAAGCGCUAAAAAAAUCUUUCAUUUUUUUGAUCACAAACCAUUUGAAAAAAGGCCUAAAAGGAGUCCAAGAUCAAGAAGAUCCAAAUACUUGUUUAAGGAUCCUCUCCGCAAUCCUUGCCAUUCAUGUGUUGUUGUUGAUUUUCAAGUUUGUGAUCUCUGUUUCUGUCCUUUUUGAACCCACAAGCGCCACAGGGCAGGGCAGCAACCAAGGGGCCUAAGAUAUCUGAUAUCUCUUUCUUUCAUGUGUUGUUUGAACUCCGAAACAAACAAAUUAUGAAGCUUGUGCUGCUGCUUCUUCUUCUUAUCCUUCUUCUCUAUAUGCCCUCUUGGAUUUUUCACUUCUCUCUUGUACAUGCUUUACCUGUGCAUGACUCUUCUGUUUCCUCUCCAGCUUCCUCUCCUCCUUCUACUCUUUCUGCUUCCAUGGCUGCCUUCUCUCCAGGGAUUCAAUCCCAAAUGGGAACAGAGGAGGAGGACCACCACAAGAUGAAGUUAGACAAGAAAAUAGUCAUAUUUCUUAUUGUUACUUGUGGCGUUCUUGCCAUAAUCGUCAUUCUCUCUUUAUUUGGUUGUUGCAUUUAUUAUUGGAAGUUGUAUCAAAGAAAGAAAAAUUCCCAGUUUUCAGAAGUUGAGAAAGGGGUAUCAGCAACAACAUUCUUGGGUAAAAUUAAUUCACUGAGAAUGGUUAGUAACAGGGGAUCUGUUUCAUUGAUUGACUAUGAGCUACUAGAGAAGAGCACACAAAAUUUUGGAGAUGAAAAUUUAUUGGGCAAGGGUGGAUUUGGACGAGUUUAUAAAGCAUUGCUGGAAGAUGACAAGCAUGUUGCAGUCAAGAAACUAGACUGUGCAGGUGAAGAUGCCCGGAGAGAAUUUGAGAAUGAGGUGGAUUUGUUAAGCAAAAUUCAUCACCCACAUAUCAUUUCUCUUCUGGGUUAUAGUGUUCAUGAAGACAUGGGAUUUAUUGUUUACGAACUGAUGCAAAAUGGGUCCCUUGAAGAUCUAUUACAUGGACCUUCUCGUGGAGCUUCACUAAGUUGGCAUAUGCGGUUGAAAAUUGCUCUUGAUAUAGCAAGAGGAUUAGAAUAUCUACACGAGUUCUGCAAGCCAGUAGUCAUCCAUAGAGAUCUGAAAUCAUCUAAUAUACUUCUGGAUUCCAACUUCAAUGCCAAGCUAUCGGAUUUUGGUCUUGCCGUAGCUGAUAGUUCCCAGAACAGGAACAAGCUCAAACUUUCAGGCACUGUGGGUUAUGUAGCCCCAGAGUACAUGUUGGAUGGUGAGCUAACAGAGAAGAGUGAUGUAUAUGCUUUUGGAAUUGUGCUUUUGGAGCUUCUACUGGGAAGAAGGCCUGUGGAAAAACUGGCACCAGCUCAUUGCCAAUCUAUUGUAACAUGGGCGAUGCCUCAGCUCACUAACAGAGCUUCACUUCCAAACAUCGUGGAUCCUGUAAUAAAAGAUACUGUGGAUGAGAAGUACUUAUUCCAGGUUGCUGCAGUGGCAGUGCUGUGUGUGCAACCAGAGCCCACGUAUCGUCCACUCAUAACAGAUGUCGUGCACUCUUUGGUUCCACUCAUUCCUGUGGAGCUUGGAGGAACGCUUAAGAGUUGCAACACAGGCUGAACUACCCGGAAGUGGCUAAAGAAGAGAACUUUUCUGAUGUUGAUGCCCCGUUUUAUUUUUUUCAGUUUUUUAUUAGAUAAAUCAAUAGAUCAAUACCUUUGGACUUUCUUUGUGCAUAUUGAUGUUAUUGCCUAUAAAUUUAUACCUCGAGCAAUUUGGAUGGAGAUGGGUCGUCUAGAUGGACUACUGAGUAUUGGGAUUCUUUUUCCACAUUUGUAAAUUGAAACUUCCACUCUUUAUUCAUAGUAAUGAUUCUUCCUUUC